CUAGGUGUGGUGUGGAAGAUCAUGAUAAAUGAGCAAGUAGCUAACAUAGCUACCGACCUUAAAGGCGCAUUAAAUGUUGGCUACCCAAUUAAAUAGGCUAUGCUAACGGCACAUGAUCUUCCUCGGCCUAUCUCGCUGUCUCUUGCCUACUGGUUUCUAUAUCCGGUCAUGCCACUUUUGCAAUUUGUCUCAAUGUUGGCAAAUUUAUAUGUCAGUGUAGCUCUGACUGCUUGUCGAGUUAAUGAGGUAGCUGGGAGCGGCAAACCCGAUUCUUACCCAACUUGUGCAAGCCUCAUCUCUUCCUUGUUUUUGGCACUUUGAUGCCGGGAUUUUGUUGCUUUUUAUCCCCCCAACGACAAGGUUGACGAUACACUUGUGCGUUUUCGACUUGUUCAGAGCCUCAUGUAGUAUUGCCCUGCAAAAGCAAAUGGAGCACGUGGGUUGCUGUCAACAUAUCCGAGAGCUUGCCUUCUGCCAUAUCUGCAGGGCCCAUUACAUCAAUGGCAGCUGACGGAAGAGAUGUUCCCUAUCCCAAUGUCUGCCAUAUCUGCAGGGCCCAUUACAUCAAUGGCAGCUGACGGAAGAGAUGUUCCCUAUCCCAAUGUCGUACAUAUACAUCUAUGCAGUUCAGCAGGCCAAUUGUCGGUCGGU